AUCUUUUUAUGUUAAUGGCAGGAUUUAAAUUCUGCAUACCAGAGCUUUGCUCGACUACAUAGUGGAUUUUUUGGAAUGCCUCACAUGUAUUCCAUUGUCAGACUCCUAGGGUCUAGAUCAUUGCCAUGGCUCAUCAGGGCACUAUUAGACUAUAUCUCAAAUAAGAUAACUACCCUAGAACCAAUGAUCGCUGGACUGCAAGAGGCUUUACCAAAAUCUAUUGGAUUACUUCCCUUUGAUGGUGGUGUGGCAGGUUGUAUGAGGAUUGUUAAAGAGCAUCUUAAUUGCUGGCAUCCCAAAUCAGAACUCAAAGCAGAGGCUCUUUGUGGAAUAAAGGAAAUUGGAAGCGUGUUAUACUGGAUGAGUCUGCUCGAUAUUGUCAUGGUAAAUUGCUAAUGGUCCUUAUUUCAUA